GCUGCGAAGAGCUGCAUCUGCUGCAGCCCCUUCGCCGACGCUACGUGCCUCGCGGCUCCCACCUAGCUCCGGCGCGCGCCGGCCCCUCUCCGCCUCCUUCCCACCUGGCGCGCACCUGGGCCCGGCCGGGUCCCGCCGAGAGCCAGGAGGGCGCGUGCCAGGGGACCCUCGGGAACCGCAUAGCGCGCGCGCCAUGGGGCUGCUGCCCGGGGCCGGGGUCUUGUGCCGCGGUGGCUGCGGCUUUUCCCAAUUGCUGGCGUGGUGCUUCCUGCUUGCUCUGAGUCCCCAAGCCCCCGGCUCCCGGGGGGCCGAGGCUGUGUGGACCGCGUACCUCAACGUGUCCUGGCGGGUUCCGCACACCGGAGUGAACCGCACGGUGUGGGAGCUGAGCGAGGAGGGCGUGUACGGCCAGGAUUCGCCGCUCGAGCCCGUGGCCGGGGUCCUGGUGCCGCCCGACGGGCCGGGGGCGCUCAACGCCUGUAACCCGCACACGAAUUUCACGGUGCCCACGGUCCCGGGGGACUGGGGAAGCGCCGUGCAGGUCUCUUGGUUGGCCCUCAUCCAGCGUGGCGGGGGCUGCACCUUCGCAGACAAGAUCCACCUGGCUUACGAGAGAGGGGCGUCUGGAGCCGUCAUCUUCAACUUCCCGGGGACCCGCAAUGAGGUCAUCCCCAUGUCUCACCCGGGUGCAGGAGACAUUGUUGCAAUCAUGAUUGGCAAUCUCAAAGGAACAAAAAUUCUACAGUCCAUUCAAAGAGGCAUACAAGUAACAAUGGUCAUCGAAGUAGGGAAAAAACAUGGCCCUUGGGUGAAUCACUAUUCAAUUUUCUUCGUCUCUGUGUCCUUUUUUAUUAUUACGGCAGCAACUGUGGGCUAUUUCAUCUUUUAUUCUGCUCGAAGAUUGAGGAAUGCAAGAGCUCAAAGCAGGAAACAGAGACAACUAAAGGCAGAUGCUAAAAAAGCUAUUGGAAGGCUUCAACUGCGUACACUGAAACAAGGAGACAAGGAAAUUGGCCCUGAUGGAGAUAGUUGUGCUGUGUGUAUUGAACUAUAUAAACCAAAUGAUUUGGUGCGCAUCUUAACCUGCAACCAUAUUUUCCAUAAGACAUGUGUUGACCCUUGGCUGUUAGAACACAGAACUUGCCCCAUGUGCAAAUGUGACAUACUCAAAGCUUUGGGAAUUGAGGCGGAUGUUGAAGAUGGAUCGGUGUCUUUACAAGUCCCUGUAUCCAAUGAAAUAUCAAAUAGUGCCUCUCCUCAUGAAGAGGAUAAUCGCAGUGAGACUGCAUCGUCUGGAUAUGCUUCUGUUCAGGGAGCAGAUGAGCCACCUUUGGAAGAACAUGUGCAGUCAGCAAAUGAAAAUCUACAGCUGGUAAACCAUGAGGCAAGUUCCGUGGCAGUGGAUGUUGUUCCUCAUGUUGACAACCCAACUUUUGAAGAAGAUGAAACUCCUGAUCAAGAGACUGCAGUUCGAGAAAUUAAAUCCUAAAAUCUGUGUCAAUAGAAAUCUUGAAACUUUAGUAAUAACAACAGAACUGCCAAUCAGGGCUUAGUUUACUAUUAAUGAACUGGAUAAACUUAAUUAAAUAAGAAAGAUACUGAAAGUGCUGAGAUGACAAAUAUUAUGCUAUAGUUAAAUUACUUAAAAUAUUUAAUCUAUUAACUUUUUUCCACAAACUCAUAAUGUUUUUCAUAGGCAAAUUUCCUCUCAAUAGUGAUAGCAACAUUUUUAAACAUUUAAAACUCUCUUCAAGUAGUCAUGUUUUUCAUUUACAACAAUUUUGUUAUAAAAACAUGUUGCUUUUAAAAUGUGGAGUAGCUGUGAUCACUUUAUUUUAUGAUAGUAUCUUAAUUAAAAAUACUACUAUUUUAGCUUGGGCUAUAUGUGUCAGGGUUUUUCUCCAGGUGCUUAUAUUGAUCUGGAAUUGUAAUGUAAAAAGCAAUGCAAACUUAGGCUAGUACUUCAUGAAAUGUCUUUUUAAGCUACAUUAAGUUGAUAGAACAAGAUUAAAACAAAAUAUUCAUUUUAACUAUUUCUUGUUUUUAAAAUUAAGGUAAAUGUACUUCAUUUGAGUGUGGAGCAUAGUUUGUCAAAGAAUAUGGACUGGACUGGAUUGAUUGGUAUAUUAAUGACACCAAUUUGACACAAGUUUAUAGACAAAAAGUUUCCUUAUAAAAAUGCUGUAUAACUAUUUCUCAAAGUUAUGGGAUUUUCAAAAGCAGAGUAUAUAAAUUAUCAUACUAUUUGAAAAUGAUAAUGAGUAAGUCACACAAAAAUUGGUAAUUGAUCCUUGUGUAUGAAUUAAGUCUGCAGAAAUUAGUCUGCAGAAAAUGUUUUCCAAACAAUGUUGACUUUGAAAAUUUAGUUUACAUUUUACCUAAAUGGGCUAAUUACAUUAGGUAAACUAAAAUUCUGUCCAUAUAGCUGUAAAUUUUGUGAAUGCAUUUUCUUGGAGUUUGAAAAAGAAUUAGGUGGGGGGGGGGGAGAAUUCCAGGUGCCUUAAUAUAAAGUUUGAAGCUUUCAUCCACCAAAGUAAAAUAGAGCUAUUUAAAAAUGCACUUUAUUUGUAUUCUGUGUGGCUUAUCUUGGUUUUAAAGUUGUGUUUCCAGUGGAAAUUCCAGCAGAAUUUAGGCAAAAGCAGAAAAGACAUGUAUUUUUGUUUGCGAAAUGUAGAAUGGAAAAAACCAUUGCAUUCUUGUACACUUAUUUGAAAUUCUGUAAAUAUUCCCCGAUUUGUAUUGAUUCUCUUUAAAUAUAAAAUGUAAAUAAAAUAUUCCAAUAGAAGUUUGCAUCUGCUGUUUAGUUCAGUUAGCCUAUACUAACUUUUCAUAUAUGCUUGGAUUUGGGAGAGGAAAAAAAUGGUUGAUGUAAAUGGUCAUUGAUAUAUUUGAUGAAUAAAAACUCAAACUUUAGUAUGAUAUUUAUUUACGUAUUUCAUUACAGAGAGGGGAAUUGCUGACAUUUUAAUACAACUGAAUGUACCAUGAAUUAUUAUUUUUUAAUUUUUUUAAUGUUUACUAUUGAGAGAGAAACAGAGUGUGAAUGGGGAAGGGGCAGAGAGCGAGGGAGACACACAAUCUGAAGCAGGCUCCAGGCUCUGAGAUGUCAGCACAGAGCCCAACACAGGGCUCAAACCCACAAACCAUGAGAUCAUCACCUGAGCCAAAGUCAGACGCUCAACCGACUAAACCACUCAGGCACCCCCUGAGUUAUUUUUCAAUGUCAGCAAGGUAAAUAACGAGGUUGAUCACUGAUAAUAUAAGGUUAGAAAAACACCUUGAUGCCAGUCCAUCUUUAUACUACCCAAGACAUAAAACCACUUUAUUAAAGUUUUCUUUUCCUUCAGCCUUCUCUUUGGCAGUACGGUUGUUGGGAUACUGUUAAUGAGUUAACUCUUUUGUCAAACUUGUUAAGAAUAAACAGAUGUUUAUUAAUAAACAGGGACACCUCAGAAUCCUGAUUAUCAAACCAAUGCACACAUAUGUCUUGGCUACACAUAUGUCUUAUGUGGCAAUAUGCCAGGUGUACAUGUGUGUGAUGCCCCAUAAUA